AUGGCAGAUUAUGGGGUUCAGCAGGACCGGAAUGUCCGUCCGAACAACUACGGACAUGCGUCCUCCUACCAACGAGAUGCGGCGUUCUCGAAUAUUUUUGGAGCUUCUCCGCCGCCAGGAAGGUCUCAGACGAUGAGCAGCCAAAUCCCUCAGCUGCCUGCUGAAAGAUCGCAAACUAUGACUUCUCAAUAUUCCGUGGCGUCUCAAAUAUCGUCCGCAGCGGCGCGAAGGCCUUCUCCAGGGGAUCGCCAACAAUCGAACGGCUAUCCUCUCUCCAACACGAAUGGAUACUACCCAAACCAGAGACAAAGCAGUGGCCUUGUACAGCCGCAACCCCUGCCUCAAUAUCUGCCUCAACCGUUGAACCCAAACCAACGUCCUUACCCUCAACCUCAGCGCAUUGACGCUCGCCAGCCCGCGCAAUCGCAAUACAAUAGACAACCACCCAAUCGUGGGUAUCCUCCAAGCCUUGUAGACUCCUACAAGCCUAUCCCGAAUCGAGGCUAUCCUUCCAAUCCGGCUCUCAAUGCCGAUCCGUACCGAACGCAGUCCAUGGCGUCGAUGACAGCCCCCGCGACCUACAAUCCGCCUCCGAGUAAUUACAACCAGGCAUCCGCGAACUCUUUCCGUCAGCCGUCAUAUCAGUCUCUAGGGUCUAGAACGACAGCGCAAGGGCGAAUCGUUCCAGAACGGCAUGACGAGAGGGCCAUGUCGAUGAACUCUUUCUCGAUGGAAAGAGAUCAUAACCAGACAAUGAGUGGAAGAAUUAUACCUAAUCGGAGAAGAGAGUCUGGUGCAGAGCUCCCCGCGGAUGAUGAAUCCACUCGAGAUACUCCUUCACGCACCCCAACGCUAACCAACCCAAGUGCUCGUGACAGGACCACCAACCCUGAUAGUACCCCCUCCCGAACGAUGUCUAUGGCAUCUACCAUUGUGCCUCCCUCUGAAGCAAAUGACUCUUUACAGCAUAGGCCUUCCGUACAGAAGGGGACCUCUGGUAAUAGUGCUGUCAUCUCCGCCCAAAGCAGGGCUCCACUGGUAUAUCCUGCGCUAUUAUCCCGGGUAGCCGAUGUUUUCCGAGAACGAAUAUCGGCUGGGGAUCGCAACAAGAACGAUCUGUCCUACAAAUUCGCCUUCACUGGUGCAGAAGCUGUGGAUCUAAUAUCGUACAUAAUCAAGACUACUGAUCGAAAUCUUGCUCUACUUCUGGGCCGAGCUCUGGACGCGCAGAAAUUUUUUCAUGAUGUUACUUAUGACCACCGGCUCAGGGAUUCUUCGACGGAGAUAUUUCAAUUCCGGGAAUCACUCAUGGAGGAUACUCAUCAACAAGCAUACAUGGCGAGGGAGACUGAUGAGCAAAAGCUCUGGAUUAACACGGUCACAAAAGAGGUUGCUGACAGCGUGGGAGAAAAAGAGAAGAAGCGGCAAGAAGUAAUAUCGGAGAUAAUGUAUACCGAGCGCGACUUUGUGAAAGAUCUUGAAUACUUACGAGAUUUCUGGAUGAAGCCUUUGCGCUCUGCGAACACUUUGAGCCCAUCUCCAAUUCCUGAACGACAUCGGGAAAGAUUUAUUCGAACGGUGUUCUCCAAUUGUAUGGAAGUGCACCAGGUAAAUUCGCGGAUGGCUGAGUCUCUGACGAGAAGACAGCAAGAGAAUCCAGUCGUACGGAAUGUAGGUGACAUUUUCCUAGAAUGGGUACCAAAGUUUGGUCCAUUCAUCAAGUAUGGAGCCAAUCAGCUCUGGGGCAAACAUGAGUUCGAGCUGGAGCGCACAAGGAACCCCGUGUUUUCGAAAUUCGUUGAUGAGACAGAGCGCCUCAAAGAGUCAAGAAAGCUUGAAUUGAAUGGUUACUUGACCAAACCAACCACGAGAUUGGCACGGUACCCUUUACUUCUCGAAAACGUUUUGAAAUACACUGCGGAAGAUAAUCCAGAUAUCAAGGACAUCCCUAAAGCUACUGCAAUGAUAAAAGAUUUGCUGCAAAAAGUAAACACGGAGUCUGGCAAAGCCGAAAACCAAUUCAACCUGCGGCAGCUACAGUCGGCUUUGAAAUGGACCUCAGGCGGACAAGGUGAUCAUCUAAAACUUCUGGAGGAGGGUCGUGAGCUGGUCUACAAGGGCCCUCUGAAGAAGAGUCCGACGGAUUCGAGCGAAGUCCAUGUGUACCUGUUCAACCACGCUCUGCUUUUUGUAAGACAGAAAACAAACAACAGACAGGAAGAGCUUCGGGUGUACAAGAAACCCAUCCCGCUUGAGCUGUUGAUCAUCACCCAAAUGGAUGAGGUCAUUCCCAAGUUAGGCAUCUCAAAAAGGCCAUCGUCAAGUUUAAUACCAGGGGCAAAGGCAGCGAUCAACGGCCCAAAAGCUGCUGGCGGCGCCAAAGAAGGCUUUCCCAUGACGUUUCGACAUAUCGGUAAAGGUGGAUUCGAGCUGACUCUUUACGCCGGCUCGACAAUUGCAAGACGGAAAUGGAUGGAGAACAUCGAAACGCAGCAGGCUAAACUUCGAGAUCGUGGUAACUUCUAUACCAAGGCAGUGCUUUGCGACAACUUUUUUACCAAUGCUCAUAAAGUAAAUUGCCUUGUGCCAAUCGAUGGUGGUCGCAAGCUUGUUUUCGGAACGGACUCCGGUGUCUAUGUAUCAGACCGAAAGCCCAAAUCGCCCGCCGCGAGACCGAGACGCGUGCUCGACAUUUCUUCGGUCACUCAAAUCGAUGUCUUAGAGGAAUACCAACUUCUACUUGUACUUGCCACCAAGAGUCUAAUGUCAUACCCUUUGGAGGUCCUGGACUCUCCUGACAAUGUGUCGCCAAUGUUGAAGAGACCAAAGAAGAUCCAGAACCAUGCCAACUUCUUCAAAGCAGGGGUUUGUAUGGGGAGACAUCUUGUGUGUUCGGCCAAAAUGUCGGGGAUUUCCACCACCAUCAAGGUGUUCGAGCCGAUGGACACAAUUUCAAAAGGCAAAAAGAAGCCAGCCAUUGGUAGGAUGUUUCAAGGUGGCCAAGACACACUCAAGCCGUUCAAGGAAUUCUAUGUACCCGCAGAAUCGUCGUCGAUAGACUUUCUAAGAUCCAAGCUAUGUGUCGCAUGUUCUCGAGGCUUCGAGGUAGUGAGCCUCGAGACCCUUGAGACGCAACCGCUUCUCGAUCACGCAGAUACCUCUCUCGAUUUCGUCACUCGUAAAGAUAUCAUCCCUAUCUCUAUCGAACGGCUCAAUGGCGAAUUUCUUCUCCACUACACUGACUUCUCUUUCUUUGUCAAUCGAAAUGGUUGGCGGGCUCGACCUGACUGGGUGAUAAACUGGGAAGGUCGGCCUCACACCUUUGCCCUCUCGCAUCCUUACCUCCUUGCGUUUGAGCCAAACUUCAUUGAGAUACGCCAGUUAGAGACUAGCCAAUUGGUGCAUAUCAUCACGGCCAAAAACAUCCGCAUGUUACACUCUUCGACACGAGAGGCAAGUCUCCAUCUACUUGAUUGCUCGCAAAUGGAACGAACUAAUGGUGUGACCCAGAUCCUGUACGCUUAUGAAGAUGAAGGCGGCGAAGACGUCGUCGCAAGCUUGGACUUUUGGUCCAAACCACCACAAUAA